CUCGCUGACGCUGCGCUUCACGAACGACGUGUAAGUGCCGAGCCCCAGUAUGGGGACUUGGCGUGGAUCCCACCGACACCCGAUGACGUCGAGAGACUCUUCUCGCAGGCGGGGAUGGUGUACAGUGACCAGCGGAUGUCGAUGCUGCCGGAUACGUUGGAACUUAUCCUUUUUCUGCGCUUCAACCGCUCGCUCUGGAACGAAGUCUCCGUCGCUCAAGUGCUU